AUGGCCGCCGCCCUGGUGGGCUCGCCCCUGCCCGCCGCGGCCGACCGCGUCCUGCGCAACCACCGUGGAGUCGGCUGGAACUCCGGCGAGGGCGUCGUCAGCGGCUCAGGCGUUGCCGACUCCGCAGACUUCAUGGACAAGUACAUCGCGUCCUCCAAGGGGGCUGGUGACGGCAACGUGUGGUACGCCAGCUCGGCGGCGGCGUCGCAGGACGCCUCCCACGCGCCCGCGGUAGCGGCGGCGGAGAAGCCUUGGCACCGCCGCCGCGCCUGGGAGCCGGCCGCCGCGGGCGACAGCGGGCCCUCCGCGGAGGCUCCCCGCAGUAGCGCGACGCAGCGCAAUGCGGUGGUCGACGUGAAGCUGGACUCGGAGCUCCAGGAGUCGAGGGGGCGAUCCUUCGUCCAGGCGCGAUCCGCGCCCGGCGUCGACGACGCGGUGCAGGCGCAGCGCCUCGAGGACGUCUACAUCCACGAUCACUUCAGCGAGGCCGCCGCCGAGGACUCUAAGGACCUGCAGGCGCUCCGGGACAGCAGGGACCUGAAGGCCUGA